CGUCUAUUCCAACAGGAUGGCCAUUGUGUCUCGGCAAAUCCGGUAUAGCCGUCCACCUAGGCCUACUAGAUAAAUCAAAUGUGAGAAACAGAGACUGCUACCUUUGUGUUAGAAAUCGAAGUACUCCAGGUUUAGAAGUUACGCUUUUUUGGCGACAACAGCAACAACUGCAUAGCCAUACCAUUGCCCAAUUUAGGGAUCCAUCACAAUCCUUAGAUGACAUAAUGUGUUCGAACCUCAGGUCCAUCGCGGAUCUCGAGAUAACCUCCUACGACGACUACGAUGGUACUGACCUUCCAGAAAUGCUUCAGAACCUGUUAGUUUCCGUGGAACACGCAAUCAAACGAGUGCCUUUGGACGAUUUAACGUUCCCUUGUCCCCAAUGUCACCAAUACGUGCCUUUGGAAAGACAAGAGGACGAUGUGAUGUCGUGUUCUUGUCAAUGUUCGUGCCGGUUAGCGGAAAACCAAGUAUUAAAAAAAGACUCUUCCAUUCAAACUAGUCCUAUGUUCGAAUUCGUUGGAUCCAUACCACAUAUCGAUAGCGACGAAGAUGAUGAUAAGGAAUCUAUCAAGUCAGGCAUCCUCAAUAAAAAACUAGAAGUAGCAAGGCCGAAACGCAUUAGCGAACUACCUGAUAAAUUGCUGAUGUCAGGAAUAAAUUUACCUGGUACAGCAGAUGUAGAUGGGAGACCAAUUAUUCUCUGCUACGCUGAAUGCAUUUCAAGAGCUGGACUGAACAAAUACGAAAUAGCCAAAUUAUUGCUUUAUUAUUUUUCAAUACCGACGCCUAAUUCUAGAGAAAAGGGUUUUACAAUACUUCUCUUAGCAGAAAACGAGGCUGAUUAUAAAGUAGUAGAACUUUUAGACAAAGCCGUGUGCCUAGUAGGAAACUCAACGUUUAUCAACAAAUUUUUAAUAUGGACACCUGGACCAAAGGGUAUAAAGGAGGUGAAAAAAUUGACGAGUCAAAGUCGAGUCAUUCUUUUAUCCGAUGAAGCAUCUCUAACAACGUACAUAACAAAAGAUCAAGCGCCGGCUAGUUGCGGUGGUACCUGCACGCACGAUCAGCUUGAAUGGGUGGAAUUCUUCAAACAACUGGAGUCGUUCCUAAUAGAGUGUAAAACCGCUGGAAAAACUCUGUUUACUACUCUGUCAUUGUUGAGAAACGAGGAAGUUCCUAAUCAAGUCACGCGUAGGUUCCUAAACCAUCAGUGCAGACAAAUAACAAAAGCGCUGGAUUUUGAGAACGUUCAGAAACUACAAAAAGAUGGAAAACACACGUUGACCAGUCUGGAGGAAAGAAGUCAGUGGCUUGCUAGCAGCAAGGAUGUUCAGAGGGGUAAACAGAGCGCCAGUGACACUUUCCAUGCGGUUGAGAAGGUGACGAGAAGGCUGGAACAGUUGAAACAUGAGCGGAUGGAGAAAAUGAAAGAGUUGGCGAAAUUUAGAACGUUACAGGAAGAAGCAGAGGAGGUUAUAACUUCAUAA